CUUGUUGUUUCGACGAUAAAAAGACGAGGUUUCUCUUCCCAUCCUUCAUUAUUUACCAUUUUACCCCGCCCCCCUCUCUCUCUCUCUCACAGUCUCACUCUCUCUCUCUCUCUCUCAAUGCUGCCGAGUUCGGGUUCCAGUAACGGGCACCAGCAACUCGGCCCGCCCGAGCGGCGACUCGGUCUCGGUGGUUCGAGAUACCGGAAGGGGAGCCGCGGUAGUUCGAGAGAAUCGAGAGGUGGGGCCCACCAUGGGUUUAGGGUUCCUGAAAGGGCUCCACCUCCAUGUACGGAAUUUGAUAGAGCCUACUUCCAAUCAUAUUCCCACAUCGGCAUACAUGAAGAGAUGAUCAAGGAUCGUGUGCGGACUGAAACUUACAAGGCUGCUAUCACAAAGUAUCAAAAUUUUAUUGCAGGCAAAGUUGUAGUGGAUGUUGGUUGUGGCACAGGCAUUCUUUCUAUAUUUUGCGCCCUUGCUGGUGCUAAGCGGGUUUAUGCAGUAGAUGCAAGCGACAUUGCAGUGCAGGCAAAUGAAGUUGUGAAAGCAAAUAAUUUGUCCGACAAAGUCAUUGUUUUACAUGGACGAGUGGAGGAUGUCGACAUCGAGGAGGAGGUUGAUGUCAUAAUUUCGGAAUGGAUGGGUUACAUGCUUCUGUAUGAGAGCAUGCUGGGCAGUGUAGUUACUGCUAGGGAUCGCUGGCUCAAGCCCGGAGGACUUAUCCUUCCUUCACAUGCCACGUUGUUCAUGGCACCAGUUACAAAUUCUGAGAGAUACAGUGAAAGCAUUGAUUUUUGGCGUAAUGUUUAUGGGAUUGAUAUGUCUGCUAUGUUGCCACUAGCGAAACAGUGUGCGUUUGAAGAGCCUUCUGUGGAGACAAUAUCGGGUGAGAAUGUUUUGACAUGGCCAUGUGCGGUGAAGCAUGUGGAUUGCUAUACGGUCACGAUUCAGGAGCUUGAAUCUGUUACUAGGAAAUAUAAAUUUGCAUCUAUGAUGCAAGCCCCUCUUCAUGGGUUUGCAUUCUGGUUUGAUGUUGAGUUCAGUGGACCUGCCAAUUUUCUAACCAAUAACUAUUCACAAUCCACACCAGGCAAUAUUGCAUCAAAUUCGCAUGGUUUUAAUCAAAGGAAAAAACCAAAAUCCGAUGAUGCACUUGUACUGUCCACUGCACCUGAGGAUGCUCCAACACAUUGGCAACAGACAUUGAUCUACUUCUACGACCCGAUAGAGGUGAAGCAAGACCAAGUCAUUGAAGGCUCUAUAACAUUAUCGCAGAGCAAGGAGAACUCACGAUUCUUGAAUAUUCACCUUGAAUAUGCUUCUGGUGGCCGAUGUUUCGUAAAAGAGUCUGUGAUGCGAUGAUUUGAUUUUGCACUCCUCAUUGGAGGAUUCUGCUGCUGCAAAUUGAAGAGGCGAAAACCAUGUUGUAGAUUUCCUUGGACAUUCAUCCAACAGAUGGGUCUUCUCAGUCAGAUUUUGCUGGCAGAUUUCUGCCACAAUAAAUGCCAGGAAGGUUCAUCCGACUGGGAUUUCGUUCGCCUUCCAGCUGCUUUUACUAGGCAGUUUGCCUCAAAAUGGAGAUAUCUGGACUUCAUAUCGGAUCCCAUUUUCUGUUCCCAUGGGAAUGCGGCGGAUGCUUGAGACCAUCCUACCCUCAUUCGAUGUUGUUGUGCUCUAUGUGAUUUCUGCGGCAAGCCAUUGCUGUUCAAAUGCAGCCAUGCUCCAUGUCAUGUAUUGAUUCAUGAAGUUAUCUUGCAGAAAUUCCGAGAAGACACUCUCAAAACAAGGAUGUUAUGAAUGUUUUGAAUCAAAGCAUGCCUUUGGUGCUCAUUUAAGAAGAGACACUCCAAACAAAGGAUGUUAUGAAUGUUUUGAAUCAAAGCAUGCCUUUGGUGCUUGUUUCUUGGACAAUGUCAUCUCAGAGGUAAGACUUUUUUCAGGCUAUUCUAUUUAACUUUUUUCCUUUGCUGA